UACUCUGUUUUUUCUCUCUCUAUCAAAGCUCUCAGAUAUGGCAGGACUGUCUCUUUUCAAUCAUUUUCUAUACAAACCCAUUUCAAUGAUGCCUCAAUUCAGCUCCAAAACCUCUCUCUUUCCGGCGAAUUUGAUUGGUUUUACGACCAUAAAGUCGAGACAGAGGUUGAAGGUUUCCAUCAGAGAACACAAGAAAGCCAGACCGGUUUUUAGAGUGAAGGUUGUGAAUGAAGAAGAUGAAUCGACACCGGAGGAGGAGGCGGAAAUGGCGGUGGCCGAGGAGGAGGGGGAGGACGAGGAGGAGGAGGAGGAGGAGGAGCUGGAUAAGUUGAAGAAACAGUUGGUGUCUUCGUUGUACGACACUGAUCGUGGACUGAGAGCAACAAGGGAGAAGAGGGGGGAGAUUGUCGAGCUGUUUAUGGAGCUGGAGGUCAAGAAUCCGACUCCGGCACCAACCCAAGCUUUGACUCUCCUCAACGGCAAAUGGAUUCUUGUUUACAUAUCGUUUGUAGGAUUGUCCUCUUUGUUGUCUAGCGGAGCACUGCCACCGGUGAAGGUGGAGGAGAUAUCACAAACCUUUGACACGGAGAAUUUCAGAGUCCAGAAUUCUGUCCUCAUUGCUGGGCCGUAUGCUACUACUUCAAUCAUUACCAAUGCGAAAUUUGAAAUACAAAAUCCCAAGCGAGUGCAGAUCAAGUUUGAAGAAGGCAUCAUCGGAACUCCUCAGUUAACGGACUCCGUUGUCUUACCAGAGAAUUUGGAAUUUAUUGGGCAAAAGAUUGACCUAGCACCCUUCAAAGGCUUAAUCACUACUGUCCAAGACACAGCUUCUUCUGUUGCAAAGACCAUAUCGAGCCAACCACCACUUAAGUUCUCAAUCUCCAACAGCAAUGCAGAAUCGUGGUUACUGAUCACAUACCUUGACAACGAUCUUCGGAUCUCAAGGGGAGAUGCAGGUAGUGUGUUUGUGCUCGUCAAGGAAGGCAGCCAACUCCUGACACCUUAAACAAACUUUGAAGUUUGUUUUUUAGUCAAUGUGUUAGAAUUUUUUUUUUUUUCUCUGGGGGCAUGUAAUAUUGUACUAAUAACAUAUUGAAAUUGCUUGUUGAAUACCUUGUGUAUAAGCUUA